GGGCACGGGGUGAGGAUGCUGAGCUGCUGGGUGCUGCUGCUGGCACUGCUGGGGGGGGCCUGCGCCCUCCCGGCCCCCCUGGGCUACUCCCAGGCUCUGGCCCAGGCUGUGGACUCCUACAACCAACGGCCUGAGGUGCAGAAUGCCUUCCGGCUGCUCAGCGCCGACCCCGAGCCCGGCCCGAACGUCCAGCUCAGCUCCCUGCACAACCUCAACUUCACCAUCAUGGAGACGCGGUGCCAGGCGCGCUCGGGCGCCCAGCUGGACAGCUGCGAGUUCAAGGAGGACGGGCUCGUCAAGGACUGCGCUGCGCCCGUGGUGCUGCAAGGCGGCCGCGCCGUGCUCGAUGUCACCUGCGUGGACUCCAUGGCUGACCCUGUCCGCGUCAAGCGCUUCUGGCCGCUGGUGCCAGUGGCCAUCAACACGGUGGCUGCGGGCAUCAACCUCUACAAAGCCAUCAGGAGAAAAUGAGCCAUGCCCAGAGCCACCGUCACCGCUGUCCCUCCGCAGCCCCCCACCCAAUAAAGCUGUUUUCUGGCCA